AAACAAGUAAAAAGAGAAACAUCGUAAGACUGACUUGAGGUUUAUCUCAUAUAAGAAAACACACCUCAAGGACAUGAGAGAAAACCCAAGAAAGAAGAGAGAGAGAAGAUGAACAAGGUGCAGGGUCUGUUCUUUGUGGCAAUGUUCUCACUUGCAUAUAGUCAGCUGAUCAAAGGGAAAUCAUUGCCUGGUUGCACAGAUAGAUGCGGCAACAUCACAGUCGAGUACCCUUUUGGAAUCUCUCCAGGUUGUUACUAUCCCGGAGAUAACAGCUUCAAAAUCACCUGUAACGAAACAAACAAGCUGAUCUUUGGCGGCAAUGAAGUGAUCAACAUCUCUCUCAGUGGCGAGCUACGCGUCUUGAAUACCAGAUCCUACGUUUGCUACAACAUUCAAGGGAAUCAGAUCAGCCGCCAAAACCGGUGGUCGAGGCUGGGAAAUUUAACAUUCUCCGACAAGAACAGGUUUACUGCAGUAGGAUGUAACACUUACGCGUUUCUCAACACAAACGGCGUUGGGAAUUACUCAACUGGAUGCAUGUCAACAUGUAAUUCUCCCAGAGAGACAAACGGAUCAUGUUCUGGUGGAGGUUGCUGCCAGACUUCUGUACCUAGAGGGAGCAAUUACUUCAGAGUCAGCCCAUAUAGCUUUUCCAACCAUACCUCUGUGCAUAGCUUCAACCCUUGCAGCUACGCCUUUCUAGUCGAAGACGGUGUGUUUAACUUCAGUUCUACAGAAGAUCUUAUGAAUCUGCGGAAUAUCACGAGGUUCCCUGUGGUUUUGGAUUGGUCUAUUGGUAAAGAGUCAUGCGAGCAAGCUGGAAACGCAAGCAUAUGCCGUGGGAAUAGCGUUUGUUCCGAUUCUGUUCGUGGAACCGGAUAUAUCUGCAAAUGUAAGAAAGGGUUUGAUGGGAAUCCUUACCUUUCAAACGAAAACGGUUGCCAAGACAUCAAUGAGUGUAAUACUACUAGUACUAUCCAUAGACAUAACUGUUCAGGUUCCAGCACCUGUGAAAACACGAUAGGAAACUUCCUUUGUAAUUGCCCAUCUGGUUACAACUUAAAUUCCACGACCAAUAGCUGCACUCGUAAAGGGAGGCCUGAAUACUAUGGAUGGACUCGGAUUUUUCUUGGAACCACUAUCGGCUUCUUGGCCAUCCUGCUUGUCGUUAGCUGUAUACAACAAAAGAUGAAGCACCAGAAGGACACCAAACUCCGACAACAAUUCUUCCAGCAAAACGGUGGUGGGAUGUUGAUACAGAGACUCUCAAGAGAAGGGUCAUCAAAUGUUAAUGUCCAAAUCUUUACUGAGGAAGGCAUGAAGACAGCAACCAAUGGUUAUGACGAGAGCAGAAUCCUGGGCCAGGGAGGCCAAGGAACAGUUUACAAAGGUAUAUUACCAGACAACUCCAUAGUUGCUAUAAAGAAGGCUCUGCUUGGAGACCGUAGCCAAGUCGAGCAGUUCAUCAACGAAGUCCUAGUGCUUUCACAAAUCAACCAUAGGAACGUGGUCAAGCUCUUGGGCUGUUGUCUAGAGACUGAAGUUCCUUUUUUGGUCUAUGAGUUCAUCACCAGUGGGACCCUUUUUGAUCACUUGCACAGUUCCUUGUUUGAUGCUUCUCUUACAUGGGAACACCGCCUGAGGAUAGCAAUAGAAGUCGCUGGAACUCUCGCAUAUCUUCACUCCUCUGCUUCUAUUCCAAUCAUCCACCGCGAUGUCAAGACUGCUAACAUUCUGCUGGAUGAAAAUUUAACUGCAAAAGUAGCCGACUUUGGUGCUUCAAGGCUGAUACCGAGGGAUAAAGAGGAGCUCACAACUAUGGUGCAAGGAACCCUAGGCUACUUAGACCCAGAGUACUACAACACGGGGCUGCUAAACGAAAAGAGUGACGUUUACAGCUUUGGGGUAGUCCUCAUGGAGCUUCUCUCAGGUCAAAAGGCAUUGUGCUUUGAAAGGCCACAGCAUUCAAAACAUCUGGUGAGUUACUUUACUUGUGCCAAAAGAGAGAAUAGAUUGCAUGAGAUUAUCGAUGAGCAAGUGAUGAACGAGGAUAAUCAGAGGGAGAUCCAGGAAGCUGCAAGAGUUGCUGUUGAAUGUACAAGAUUGACGGGAGAGGAAAGGCCAAGGAUGAAGGAAGUCGCUGCAGUUCUUGAAGGCUUGAUAGCCACAAAAACCAAACAUCAGUGGUCGGAUCAGUAUCCUGAGCCAAUGGAGUUUGAACACUUGCUCGGUGUUGAAAUCUUAUCAGCACAAGGCGAAACCAGUAGCACUGGCUAUGACAGCAUCAAGAAUGUAGCAAGGUUGGACAUCGAAGCUGGUCGCUGAUAUUUUUUAGUCCACAGCUCACUAGAUGCUUUGACAGUUGUCUACAUUUUGUUUUCUCAUCCAAAACAUGUAAGAAACAGUGUAUGGAACAUGGCAUUCAAGAACUGUUAGUGUUUUUUUAUCAUCAGUCAUUUUGUAUAUCAAGAAUUCAUAAAUUUAGUAUUUGAAACUUUAGAGUUCUUAUUCAAAAUCAAGAAUUCUUAAAUUUGAUUCAGUUAAAUAUGAGUUUAUGGUCAAAAAUAAUAACAACAACUCAAAAGAAGAAACCCUAGAAUCUAAAGAAGCAUGAAAAGAAAACAGAGCUCAGAAACCUGAUUGACCUUGAGCAUUUGGUCGAGUUCAGCAUCGAUUCUUCUGGUUUCUGAGCAGAGGCUUCCUAAAGACACAUAAGAGGAUUCAAGAGAAUGAUUCGUGUUCUCACACUGCUUGGGCCGGUGGUAAACUUUUGUGUAUAGGAGUUGUAUGUUUUUGUUCCAAAAAAAUAGAAAUAGAGCGAUCGAUAAAAAAUAAAUAAACAGAGCAUGCAGUGAUCAGGAGCCCUAUUCCUACAUUUUCACGAGCAAUGUCAUUUCUAAUUUUGAAGAUUGGCGAAGACGGAGUUCAAAUGGUUGACCAGU